AUGGAUCCCGCGCCUCCGUCUUCGCUAGCCCAAGAGGACGCCCCCCGAGUGGAUGACGCCUUUGCAGAGUCGAUGGGCUAUGUGACGACCUAUCUUCGAGCUGUGGAGAGCGCUCGCGACGGCCGCAUCGUCAACGACCCCUUCGCGGGAUCAUUGACAAAAAAACACUCCGACGAGAUCACAAAAUCCAUGAAGGCGCUAUCGAGCAAGGGUCAACUGCACUCUCGCGCGGAGGACUUUAUCGCAUUCCGGACCCGAUACCUGGACGAGGCAAUUGGUCGGCGCAAUCCUCACAUCCUGCAAAUUGUGAUUCUAGGGGCGGGGCUGGACGCUCGAGCCUACCGCUUGGAGUCGCUGCGCGGGUGCCACGUUCUUGAACUGGAAGCUCCGUUGAUCGCUCACAAAGUGGACUAUAUUGUGGCUGAUUUGGCUCAGUCGGGACUAGAAAAUAGUCUCGUGAACUGUGGUUUCGACCCGACCGUGCCAACGUUUUGGGCGCUGGAGGGUUUGGUCCCGUAUAUUGAACGUGCCAGGAUCGUCGAGCUGCUAAAGGUUAUGGACCACCUGUCGGUUCCUGGGAGCGAACUGUGGGCGGAUAUACCUGGCCAGUUCGUAGCCGACACAGAAGAGUGGGGCAAAUGCGCGAUGAAAUAUGGCGAAGAUGAUCCAUUGGAUGGUGUGCUGAGCGAGAUUAAGUGGGGCUUGGAGGUGCAGGCAUCGCUGGGUAUUGCUGGGACCCAUUUCGGACGACAGUGGAUGCCGAUGUUUUCCCCCAAGACGAAGCAGGAGGUCCCGUUCUUCUUGGUCGUCGGAACUAAGCCCACCUCGAACCAGUGA